AUGAUCCGUCGCGAUUCCGAUAUAAAAAUCCAGCUUCCUGACGUCACCGUGUCGACGGUUGCAGCGGCUGCCCCGACAGAGACCUCCGACGUCGAGAUGAGCUCCGACCCGACAACGCCGCCGCUUGCCUUGCCUGCCCAUAUUGCCGCCCGUUUCUAUCGCAAACCGAGCGUUGCUCGCCGAUCGUCUGCCAACUCAUCCCGCCGGAGUUCCAUCUCCUCGCUUCAUUCGCACCACUCGAACGCGUCGACUGGGACCGGUGGUGCUGUUGGUGGCGGCCCCGGCGGUUCGCAUCCGGAUCAGCAUCACAUUGUCCAGCACAUGCGACGCGCCUCCAUUCUAGAGAACCGUAAGGCAAGACUGGCCGACCGGGCCCUGCACGUCGAAAAGGUCCGCUUGCGUGCCACGCUGGCCAAGGCGGCUACCCGCAAUCUGCACCGCGAGGAACGCGCCCUUGCUGCCCAGCAAGCGCGUGAACGGCUACUCGCCGAGAUCACGGCCAAGUGCGAGGAGGAGGUGCGCCGUGCCAAGAAGAAGGCCGAGGAUAACCGUGAGAAGAAGGCCGCCGAGCACGCUCGCCUGCGUCUCGAGAUGGCCGAGAAGUUCGCCGAAGCUGAGAAGCGCCGCCAGCUCUACCAGCAGACCCAGCGCCGCCACCGCACCUCCUCCCUGCCCGCCGCUGAGGAGAAAAAGAUGGCCCGCGUGGUCUCCCGCUCACUUACUCGCGAUGCUGCCGCCCGCAGGAUCCAGCGCGCCUGGCGCGCCCACCACGCUCGUGCUAUCAUCCGCGAGUUCCACGCUCUCAACCUUUCUGUCGACACCGUCCGAGCUCGUACCUUCGAUGACGUCGGCGCUCUGCUCUCCGAGGAGCGUGUCCUCAUCACCAUGGCCCGUGUCCUGCGUCUCUGCGGCCUGCAAGAGCAUGAGCCUAGCGGCACAAUGGGCGAGCGGGGCGCUGUCCGCACCUUCCUUAGUUCCUAUCUGAUUGUCACGCAUCCAGCCGAGGUCCUCAGCUCAAGUGACGGUGAACAGGAGCAGGACCUGAUUUCCAAGGCGCGUGAGCUGCUCCUCACUUUCGAUCAGGUCACACUUCUGCUGGGCGCUGCCCGCGACGCCUCAUCCGACCUGCAGACCCUCAGCGAGGCUUACCGCGUAUUCUUCUCUGCCUUCCAUGCCUGGAAGUCGCACGACUCCUCUGUGUUGAUAGAGAUCAUGCUCGCCCAGUUCGUUGAGCUUGAGAUGAUCUGGCAGACCGUCAAGGACGACCGCGCCGGUGGUGUUGCCGAAGACUACCGCCAAGGCAUCCGCCAAAACCAGAUCCUUCUCUUGGCCCGCCUGAAACGGCUGGCGGGUUCCGAGCGCGCCAUGCAGAUGGUUCGCAACGCUUUGAAGAAGGCCAAGCGUGAGCGCAAGCGCGCCGCCUCGAAGCAGCAGGUUAUCCCCCGGUCAGCCGAACAGCCAGUCACACCGGCAUCCACAGCGGAUGUGCUCACCGAAAGUGUCGCCUCGCCGAUCAGCGAGACUUUCAACAGCGUAGAUAGCUCGGCGGUGCUCAAGGAGCUGGAGAAGCAGCGCAUUUCGCCUCAUGAGCGCUUUACCAAGCUACUGACCGCACUGCCUGAGAACCGCUCUCUGGUUCACGAACUUCUUAUCAAUAAGGAGUUUAAGAUUGACGAGGCCCAGUACACCGAGCCCCGCAAGCAAAUUAUGCAGCAUAUGUGCCGUAUGAUGCGCCGGGAUGUCGAGGCUGGGCUCGGCAACAACUGGACCAUCGCUAUGGCGACGGUGAUCCAAGACCGCCUACUGCGGUCCUUGCGACCGGGCAACUCGCUGCACGUGCUGAUCAGUGAGGUACUGGACCCGAAGCUGAUCGAGAACCAGUGUAAGGCUGGGACUUUCUCCUACCAGAGCUUUUUUGAGUUCAUGAGCACCAUCUUGCCCAAGCUGUGCGCCCCUUAUCGUGAUCCCGAGGUCCAAGCGUUCGCUGAUGACCGGUCUGGGGAUGCAAUCGACCGGCUGGCGCGGUUGAUGAGGAUCAUCGACCUGCUUGCACUGGACCACACUAAUUUCAUGAUUCAAGUGGCUGCGUCGCAGUUGAUCCAGGAGGCACCCGGGUAUGAACAGCGCACAUUCGACAAGGGUCUACAGGAUGGGUCGAUCUCGCUGGGCAAGACGCGGCGGUUCUGGCGCACGACUCGCACCCUCCUCGCCGACGAGAUGCGCAAGCGCGACCCGGAAGGCGUCCAGGGCGAACCACAGCCGGCGCCCGGCAAGAUUUAUGCACAAGGCCUCGUUGACCUGGUCUUUAGCAACGGUUCUGUCGCCGCGGACCUGGUCCCCGAGACGCUCGACCUGGACCGUUCGCGCUUUGAGCAGCUGCACGCGCGGGCGUUCCGCGUCGUCGCCACCGCGGCCAUCUUACUAACGGCCAAGAACCUGCUCAAGCGCGACGUUCGAGCUCAGUGGAAGGCCGAGGCCGACCGGCUGCUCUCCCUCGAUUUUGCCGACAUCGCUCCGGACCGCGUCCAGUCUAUCCUGGAGUCGACGCACCCGAUGCCCCCCGCGGCUAGCGCCCAGCUGGCCGUCACGAUCCGGCGGGUGCUGGCCCCUGUAGCUACGGCCAUCACCUCUGGUUCCAGCUCCAGUGCUCGCCAACCCCCCGCUCCCACCAGCUUCAACGACCCCGUCGCCCGUCUGCUGCUCUCGCGGCUACGGGCACACGUCCUCGGCCGUCUCAGCGCGUCAAGCGCUAGUGAGCGUGUGCGCGCAACCACGACAGCGAGCCAGAGCCUUGCAGGAGCGGGGAUGCCCGAGUUCGUCGGCGAGGUGGGGAAGCUGGUGGAAGAGCUCGAGAAGGUGCGUGAGGUAGACUGGCUGUGUCAUGGGGAGGUAUACUCUAGACUAGAUUAA